GCCGCCCCGAGCCUCUGGUUGGCUGCCCCCGCUUCCCUUUCCCGUGCGCAGCGGCCAAGUCCAGGUGUGAAGUGACCGAGCUCUGCGAGCAGGCGCUCCUCGCGGGUGCGGCUUCAUCUCCUCGCCUAAGCUCCCGUGGCAGAGCUCAGCCCAGUAUCUAGAAACAGUUUCGGUUUAUAUUGUUUUCUGGACUGGUGGCAAAUGUUAGCAUUUAUGUUCGCCUCUAUACGAAUGUUUUGCUGGCCACUUAACUGACUUUAUUUUUCUCCGAAACGCGAGAUAGUUUCUUCCCCAGGUGUUUAUAUCCUUAUUUUUCAUGCGAGAUCUUGACGACAAUACGUACAAGAAAUACAUAAAGAUGAUAACUAAUAUAGUUAUAUUGAGCCUGAUCAUUUGCAUUUCUUCAGCUUUCUGGAUUAUGUCUAUGACUGCAAGCACCUAUUAUGGUAACUUUCAGCCUGUUUCUCCUUGGCGUUGGCUGUUUUCUGUUGUUGUUCCUGUUUUGAUCGUCUCUAAUGGGUUUAAGAAGAAAAGUCUAGAUCACAGUGGGGCUUUAGGAGGGCUCGUGGUUGGAUUUAUCCUAACCAUUGCAAAUUUCAGCUUUUUCACCUCUUUGCUGAUGUUUUUUCUUACUUCCUCAAAACUUACUAAAUGGAAGGGAGAAGCAAAGAAACGUCUAGAUUCAGAAUACAAGGAAGGUGGGCAGAGGAACUGGAUCCAGGUAUUCUGCAAUGGGGCCGUGCCCACGGAGCUGGCCCUGCUGUACAUGAUAGAAAGUGGCCCUGGGGAGAUCCCGAUAGACUUCUCCAGACAGCACACUGCUUCCUGGAUGUGUUUGUCUCUCUUGGCUGCGCUGGCCUGCUCCGCUGGAGACACGUGGGCUUCAGAAGUGGGCCCUGUGCUGAGUAAGAGCCCGCCAAGGCUGAUAACGACCUGGGAGAAAGUUCCAGUUGGGACCAAUGGAGGAGUGACGAUGGUGGGCCUUGCCUCCAGUCUUCUUGGUGGGACCUUUGUAGGCAUCGCUUACUUCCUCACACAGUUGGUUUUUGUUAACGAUUUAGACAUUUCUGCUCCCCAGUGGCCAAUUAUUGCAUUUGGGGGUCUGGCUGGACUACUAGGAUCAAUUGUGGAUUCAUAUUUAGGAGCUACCAUGCAAUUUAGUGGUUUGGAUGAAAGCACUGGCAUGGUGGUCAACAGCCCAGGGAAGGCGGUGAAGUACAUAGCAGGGAAACCCAUUCUCGACAACAAUGCCGUGAAUCUCUUUUCUUCUGUCCUCGUAGCUCUCUUGCUCCCAACAGCUGCUUGGGGUUUUUGGCCUAGACAGUGAACUUUAUUUCAUUUACCGAAGUUAAAACUAUGAUGAGUUUAGCUAAAUUUGCAAUUCCAAGUUUUAUCCCAAGAAGAAUAACUAUAAUGACAAAACAGAAGUGCCAGUUCCUCCUCUAGUCCAUAAUGAUGGCAUGUCACAGUUUUCCUCCCUGUAAUGCGUUUCUAAUAGCUAAUAUCUUCCUGGCGAAAGACAAUACUCAAUUUAGCUAUUUUUCUUCUGCUGAAUGGAACUUGAACAGUGAAGUUAUAAUGUCCCAAUAUAUUGAACUGAAAGUUCCUACAUGGUAGAUACAAAUUUUGUUUAUUUAAAUCAGCAGAGGACUAAAAGUGAUAAAAUUUUUAAAUGGUUGAGUUGUGAUGAAGAAAUGUCUCCAUGCCACUUAACCAGAUGUUGCAUUUGUUUUAAGUAUUGAAACGAAUGCGUGCGGAAGCCUGCGUAAGUGUAGUAUCUUGGACUUCUCCUGUUACCUGCCACACUACUGUGAAAAGUGUGGAGCGUGGUUCCUGGUGAGCUGCAACGUCUUCUCCACGUUUGUUCUUCCUUCCUCAGAGUUAGUGAUGGAAAAAAAGUAAAUGUCUUUUUCAUGUGACCAUUAGAAUGCACACAAAAAAGAUUGUUUUUAAGUAAAAGCAAAAGAGAGAUCCGAGAUCUAAAAAAUGUGCACCUUACUAUAUAUUUCAGUUGGUCUCUGAGCAGAAGUUAUCUUAAACUUAAUAGCUUUAAGGUAUUUUGUAGCCUUCUUUGAAAUUUGUCUAUGAAUGUGGUUUACAUUGGCAUCUUGACCAGUGAGAGUCACUGGAAAAUUAGUGCAAUUAUUGUUUCACUUGCUGUCCUAGAAUUCACUGGAAGAUGCUGUGAUUUCCUCUACUAUAGCCUCAACCAAAGUGAAUUCUACUUUUCAGUUACUUUCUUCAGUUUGAUGUAUGUGCUAAAGGAGUUUAAUAUAGUAUGGAUUAUUGUGCUGAAAGUAUUUUGAAAUAUCUCAUGUGAUUUCAGUAUCUUUCUUCCCCUGCCCCUUGUGCAUUCAUAGAAAAAUUGAGGAGAGAUUGAUGAAUAAGCCACUAUCAGAGUGAAGAAAGCUUAGAAUUCUUUAUUGGUGACUGCUUCAAUGAUUAUCUAGAAAUGACUUGGUUCAGGAAGAAUUUUUUAAAAAACAGUUGACAGACUUAAGCCUUAAGCCAAGCAGCUCAGUGGGUCUCAACCUAUCUGCUUUGUGCAUACAUUGACAUCACCUGAGCAUCUUUUCUCUUUUCCUGGAGAUUUAGCCUCAUGACGUUCUUUAGGGCAGACAUAUUUCAUUGGAACCAUUUUGGGUUUGGCGGAAUCACCACAUUGGUAACAGUUUGGGGACGUAUGCUUUACAAUCCUUUAUUUGAAAACCAAGGGCUAGUUGUGUUUUGGAAUCAAAAUUUUUCAGAUUUUAGACAAGUGAUAGGGUAAA